UAAACAUACAGAGAAAAGAAAUGAGCAAGAAAAAUGAAGCAAAGACACUGAGAACUGUGCACUCCUGGCUGAAAAUUCGGGGACGUCAAGUAAAAACGGUCGGGUGCUUGAUAGAAUCUUCAGUACACGUCACACUUUAAACCAACGACCAAAGUUUGACCCAGUGUUACAUUGGACCAAACCAUUGGGUGCCAAGGGACCAGCAAACGGAGGAGCACCUGUUGUAAAAACAACCAACUGGCUACCUGUCUUUUCAACUUUCCUGCUUAUCAGACACACUGAUUGACUUAUUAACGGAAAGACAGACCUAUGGUCAUAAGUGAGAGGGGAUAAGUAUUUACUUAUACCCAGAGAAUAGAUGGUAAAAAGGGAAGCUCAGAAACCCUUAAUUGUUUUGUUAACGUCGACAUAUUUUCAGCUGUCGAAACGUGUUUGGGGGCGGGGGACGUCUGGUCUACUGGGCUGUAACCUUCCAAUACUAAUAUUAUCCAUUUAAUUAUCAUCAGAUAGUUUGUGGCUAAAUGUGCAUGGGUGUUGCGCUAACGAACUGGAAUGGUUGAUUGGUUGCUUGAGUGUGAAGCUAGCAUAGCCUGCUAGCUACAUGUAGCAUUAUAGUGAGCGGUCGGCAAGUAACACAUGGUGACAGAUCGAGUCAUACUCCUCCCCUCCAUCUCCAUCCCUGGCCCCUACAGGGGGGCUAUAUACUUGUUUAGCUGGUAAUACUGCCCCUUCCCCCUUCCAUCCAUCCAUUCAUCUAUCCAUUCAUGCAUGCAUUUAUUCUUUUGUCCACAAAUCUACCAUUCAAGCAAUAGUUAGGCAUGUUGCUGGUAUUCUGUGUUUUUCCUCGUAUCUGAUACUCAGACUGUUAAGCCCAUUAGAAAUUUAUCUCUCCACCUCUCCAUCUGUUGCCUCAUUACAUUUUUUCAAGUAUAGGUCCAACCCUGUCCCCUAGCCACAAUUUCCCGCUUUAGCCUCUUUAGCCCCCAGGCCAGCUUCUAACUGUAGCCCCAACUUCAACCCUAGUCCUCAUCACUACAAUAACAACAGCUUGGAUCAUCCUAGCCUAGUCAUAGCCUUUUCCCUCAGACUCAGUCCUUUCUCUGAAAUUUGACCCAGGUUUGUCACAGUCCCAUCUCAAUUCAUCUCAACCCCCUACCCCCCCACCCCUUAAGUAGAGCUCAAACCCCAGCCUAAUUCUCUGGCCCAGGUCUAACCAAGCCCAACCUAGUGAUCAGCACUCAGGCCGGCAGGCAGCUGUUUUGCUGGUUGUGUGGGUUGCAUGGAAUCGGCUUAACCGUGGAGAGGCCAGGCUACCACAAACUGAUGGACUUUGACAAGCGGGGAGCAGGGGGAGGAGGAGGUGGGGGCGGUGGAGGAAAGGGGGAGACCGAGGAGGGUAAGAGGAUGUCGGGGAAGACGGGGAGUCGGUCAGGCCAUAGUGGCCGUAGUGCUGGCUCCAACUCUGGAGUUCUAAUGGUCGGACCAAAUUUCCGUGUUGGAAAGAAGAUUGGCUGUGGGAACUUUGGAGAGCUGCGACUCGGCAAGAACCUGUAUACCAACGAAUACGUGGCAAUCAAACUGGAGCCAAUCAAGUCUCGGGCCCCCCAGCUUCACCUGGAAUACCGGUUCUACAAACAACUGGGGAGUUCAGAGGGUGUACCUCAAGUGUUUUACUUCGGGCCUUGUGGUAAAUAUAACGCCAUGGUCCUGGAGCUGCUCGGACCCAGCUUAGAAGAUCUGUUUGACCUGUGCGACAGAACCUUCUCCCUCAAGACAGUGCUCAUGAUAGCCAUACAGCUGAUUACCCGUAUGGAGUUUGUCCACACCCGGAGUUUGAUAUAUCGAGAUGUAAAGCCUGAAAAUUUCCUGGUUGGGCGACCUGGCUCUAAACGGCAACACACCAUCCAUAUCAUAGAUUUUGGCUUGGCGAAAGAAUACAUAGACCCGGAGACCAAGAAACACAUCCCUUACAGAGAACACAAAAGUCUGACUGGAACGGCUAGAUAUAUGAGCAUUAAUACACAUCUGGGGAAAGAGCAGAGCAGGCGGGAUGACCUGGAAGCUUUAGGUCACAUGUUCAUGUAUUUCCUGCGAGGCAGCCUACCCUGGCAAGGGCUCAAGGCUGAUACUCUGAAGGAGCGCUAUCAGAAAAUAGGAGACACCAAAAGAGACACACCGAUAGAGGUCCUAUGUGAGAAUUUCCCAGAAGAGAUGGCCACCUACCUGCGGUAUGUGCGUCGGCUAGAUUUCUUUGAGAAGCCUGACUAUGACUAUCUGAGGAAGCUCUUCACCGACCUCUUUGACAGGAACGGAUUCAUCUUUGACUACGAAUAUGACUGGACUGGAAAGCCACUGCCAACCCCUAUUGGCCCAGUGGCCAGCGAGACUCCACUUCAGACCAGCAGCAGAGAAAAAGCACCACAGCAGACCAAAAAUCAGGUGAUGAGCUCCACCAAUGGAGAACUGAACACAGACGACCCCACUGCAGGACAUUCAAAUGCACCAAUCACAGCCAACCCCGAGAUAGAAGUGGCUGAUGAAACGAAGUGCUGCUGUUUCUUCAAGAGAAGGAAGAGGAAAGUUCUCCAGAGACACAAGUAAAAACAGAGACAAGGGCUACAUGGCUAUCUUUUCCUCCCUGUCCAUCAGCUCUUGUUCUCUCUCCAAUUCAUCCUGCGCUUUAACACCAUCUCCUUUUCUUCCUCCCCCCCUACUGUUAGAAGUUUUAUGAGUCUACCAAUGGCUGGCUGGUCUGUCGAGGACUGACUGGCAGACGGCAGCACAGACAUACAGCAGAAUGUGUUUUCUGUCUUAAUGGGCUGGAGUGUGGCCUGCUACCUGCAAGCCCACAGCCCUCUUGUCUAGACUGCACCACUAGAAGCGUGCAGCAAUACGUGUUUGCUGAUCCGUCAAGCUCUGGGACCUUAGUGGACCUUUUGGUGUCUGUCGACCGGCAGUGCUAGCAGUGACCACUGCGGGUCUUCGAUAGACUGUGUAUUUAUGAUUUUCACAUUGUUGAACGCAAACAAAACUGGACCAACUCAAACUGGAGUGGGGAAAAGCUGACCACAGAAAUGGUGAGCCUCUUGGUUGUCUGGCUAAAAUGGCUUUUCAGCCAGGGGGACUGAGUGUCAGUUAGUCUGAGGCUGGAAGACUGGUUUACUGGAGAACUGACUUGUUUCGUGGUUUUUUGCCGACUGACUGGUUCAUUAGGCAAACAGAAAAUUGAGAAUGUAUGGACAAAGAAGAGGACUAGUAAACAGUGGAGAAGAAGAGGACAAAUAAUUGUGACUUUUAGACCACAUAAUAUAUGCAGAGACACACACAGUCACACGUGCAGAAACAUGUUGAACACUUUUUGGAGCUUGCCACCAAGAGACUUCAUUAUAAGUUUGCAGCUCCCACACAAAGUGAUGUUUUUAUUCCCCCAAGAUCCAAGGAGAUAACUGUGGAGCGCCUCUGUCUAUUUCCUGCAAAGUUUGGGCUGAGUGUAUAUCCUGGAGUCACAUUCACCCUGCAAUGAAGAUUUCACAAUGACUGAAAUCAAAAUUUAGGAAAAAAAAUCUGUCUAAAUUCUAUGCUUUUACAUUUUAUUUGUAACUAAAAAAGGAACCUUUCUUUCUGCUCUCUUUUUUGAGUUGUUCAAAAGCACUUUGUGUUUUUAGUAGCUUCUAGUGUGUUCCUUAGAAUUUGAUUUUUUUUUUUAAUAUCUUGUGUUUUUAAUUUUCCGUUUUGUUUGUCCUCUCGCUUUGAGUCAGGAAGCAAAGUCAGCCAGAUAACUCCAUUAAAGAGAA